AGACAAGAAAAUCGUAAACAACGUGACAUAACCUCAAACUUACAUUUGACACGAAAUGUUGAAAUUUCGACAAUUAUUCAACACGACUAAAUGUGCGGUGAUUGGGAUGGUCCACGUGGGGGCCCUACCAGGGGCCCCACUUUGCAACAAUUCGGUCGAUUCUUUGGUGUCCAAAGCGUGCAAAGACACUGAGACGUAUCUGAAAUGGGGGCUUGACGGCAUUUUGGUCGAAAAUAUGCACGAUUUGCCGUAUAUCCAAUCCAAACACUUUACUCCUGAAACUGUGGCCACAAUGACUCGGGUUUGUGCCGAAAUUAGGCGAAUAGCCCCCGAGGGUGUCCCUUGUGGGGUUCAGGUCCUGGCGUGUGGGAACAAGGAGGCGUUAGCGGUGGCGAAAGCCACCAAUUUGGAUUUUAUAAGGGCCGAGGGGUUCGUUUUCGGGCAUGUGGCCGAUGAGGGGUACACUGACGCCAACGCGGGGUUAAUUCUGCGAUACCGAAGACACAUUCAAGCCGAGAAUGUGCUCAUUUUCGCCGACAUUAAAAAAAAACACAGUUCUCAUGCAAUCACCAGUGAUGUUUCUUUGGUUGAGACAGCUCAAGCGGCGCAGUUUUUCCUCGCUGAUGGUUUAAUCGUGACGGGGGCUGCGACAGGAAGUCCUGCAAAUGCCUCCGAAUUGGUUCAAGUUAAGAAAUGUUGUUCUUUGCCUGUUUUGGUGGGGUCUGGGGUCACUUGUGAUAAUUUGGAGGAUUAUUUAGGGGCCGAUGGGGUUAUUGUGGGGUCUUAUUUCAAA